AUGACAGAGCGAAAAUCAAAAAAUAUAGAUGGCCUCGAAAAGCAUCUUACAAAAGCCAAAACAAAUAGCAACAGGAAAGAGGAAGAAGAUACCUAUAAAAAACUCGGCAAGGAUAAUUUCUCCGUAAGCGACUUCCAAAAAGCAAUAAAUUACCACAACCAAAGCCUGAGCAUUGCCAAGGAAGUCGGCGACAGGGUUGGAGAAGGACGUGCCUAUGGCAACCUCGGCAAUGCUUAUCGCUCCCUCGGCAAAUUCCAAGAAGCAAUAAAUUACCACAACCAAGACCUUAGCAUUUCCCAGGAAGUCGGCGACAGGGCCGGAGAAGGACGUGCCUAUGGCAAUCUCGGCAAUGUUUAUCAUCUCCUCGGCAAAUUCCAAGAAGCAAUAAAUUACCACAACCAACACCUGAGCAUUGCCAAGGAAGUCGGCGACAGGGUUGGAGAAGGACGUGCCUAUGGCAAUCUCGGCCAUGCUUACCACUUCCUCGACAACUUCGAGCAAGCAAUGAAGUAUUUCAGGCAACAACUGAGUAUUGCCAAGGAGGUCGGCGACAGAAUCGCAGCAGGAUGUGCCUAUGGCAGUCUCGGAAUGGUUUAUCACUCCCUCGGCGACUUCGAACAAGCAAUAGAGUAUCUAAACUAUACCCUAAGCAUUGCCAAGGGUGCCGGGAAGAGGGUCGUAGAAGGACGUGCCUAUUGCUAUCUCGGCAAUGCUUAUUCGUCCCUCAACGAGUUUCAACAAGCAAUAGAGUACUUCAGGCAAUACCUGUGCAUUACCGAGGAAGUCGGUGACAAGUUCCAUGAAGGAGACGCAUAUUACAGACUUGGUAUUUCUCUUGAAAAGUUAGGUUGUUGGAAUGAAGCUUUAUUUCAUUUCAUCACCAGCGUAGAAAUCCUUGAUGCUGUCAGGGCCAGUUGCAUUUCGGAAGAUUCAUUGAAAAUAAGUUUUCGUGAUCUUAGUAAAGGUGCCUACACUUGUUUAUGGCGAGUCCUAAUAAUGCUUCAAUUGACUGAUGAGGCUUUAUACGCUGCCGAGAAGGGACGAGCACAGGCCUUAGUAGAUGCGUUGAAAAUAAAUUAUGGCUUAAAAUCACUUUCGCUCAAGUCAAAUGAAUCUGAAGAAGAACUCACAAUCAUUUUAAAGAAGAUACCUGUUUUGACAGUUUUUCUGGCAGUUCAAGAAAAAAUAAUCAAUAUGUGGGUCCUGAGAAAGGAAAGAAAAGCUAUCUUUAGGCAAACCGAGCUAAAAGUUGAAGAUGCGCACCAAGAUUAUUUUGCUCUACUUUUAGAAACUACUUUAAAAAACAUUAGGGCUGGCAUCGAUGUUAGGUGCGAGAAUCGGUCAUUGGAUAAACGAAGGGAUAACCACACUUCCAGAACUGAAAAGGAUGAGCCGUCGCACAAGACUAUCGACUGUUUUAAGCCACUGUAUGAUGCAGUCAUUGGUCCCAUUGAAGACUUGCUUGAUGGUGAUGAACUCAUUGUAGUCCCUGAUGGCGCUUUGUCCUUAGCUCCUUGGGCAGCGCUAAGUGAAUCUUUAAGGAUCCGCACAGUCCCCUCACUGACAAGUUUGAAAUUCAUCAUAGAUUCUCCUGAUGAAUACCACUGUAAAAGUGGUGCCCUGCUCGUUGGAGAUCCAUGUCUGAAGAAAGUUACCAAUAAAUGGGGAAACCCUAUUUAUGAUGAGCUGACGUACGCAAAAAAGGAAGUGGAGAUGAUUGGAGAAAUUCUUAAGUGCGAGCCACUCACGGGAGAAGCAGCGACCAAACAAGAGGUUCUUCGAAGAAUAGGUUCAGUUGCUUUGGUUCACAUUGCAGCACACGGAAGUAAAGAAACUGGUGCAAUUGCUUUGGCUCCAGACCCCCGCUGGGAAUCCACGAAUUCUGAGGAAGAGGAGUAUCUUUUGAAAAUUUCUGAUGUACAAGCUGUUAAACUUAGAGCCAGACUGGUAGUCCUUAGUUGUUGUCAUAGUGGUCAAGGAGAAGUCUCGUCUGAGGGUGUGGUCGGUAUUGCACGGGCGUUCCUGUUUGCUGGUGCUCGUUCCGUGGUGGCAUCACUCUGGGCAAUUGAUGACGAAGCAACCAUGGAGUUUAUGAAAAGUUUUUACCAACACCUGAGAGGGGGAGAAAGUACUAGUACUGCUCUUCAGAGGGCCAUGAAAUAUCUCCGGGACUCCGACAAUUUUUCUGCCCCAAAGUACUGGGCUUCAUUUGUGCUGAUUGGCGAUGACGUGACGAUUGAAUUUGACUAA